UGACGUGUACAAGAAGUGAGCGCUGAGGAGCCGCAAGGUUUGGCAGUAGCGUAUUUCCUUCACAAUACACCGUUCUACUCUUCUACCAGAAACACAACGUAGCAGCACAUCAUUCAGUCAGCCUUCUGUCUUGAUGGCUCCAUGCUUCAGUUCCUGAACCCACGAUCCACCCUUGUAUCUUCAGGAAUAUAAAUAAGGGAACCUAUCAUUACCAACGGCAACUCCAUACAGAACACAAUUAGAUAGGAUUGUGCACCCUUUGAAGGCCUUCUACAAUAUCUUCUUAGUUUCCACCUUUCUUCCAAGGCCAGUCUUUUGGCCUCCAGAAGCUUCUGUUGACUAUCCUUGGAUGGAUUGAAGCGUGUGGAGCCCUAGUGAGAUGACUGACCAGGGCAACAACAACCAGAACAUAUCUUGCAACCCCUUUGCUGCCCUCUUUAGCUCCCUGGCUGAUGCCAAGCAGUUUGCAUCUGGUCAGCAACCGCCGCUUUCAGCAGAACCACCAUUGGAAGACUCGGGGGAGAGUCAUUCAGAGUCGGAGAACUCUGUGUCAGACAGCAUCGAUGACAACGAUGAUUCGGUGGCGGAGAUCAGCCGCUCGUUCCGGUCGCGGCAGGAGCUCUGCGAGCAGCUUAACGUCAACCACAUGAUUCAGAGGAUAUUCCUCGUCACCCUGGACAACAGUGACCCAAGUUUGAGAGCGGGAAACGGCAUCCCUGCUCGCUGUGUGUUCCUGGAGGAGAUGGCGGCCGACCUGGACGGUCAAGACUGGCUUGACAUGGACAACAUCGGACAGGCUCUGUUCACCCGCCUGCUGAUGCCUGAACCGGGACACUACCUCAUCUACAUGACCUCCUGCAGCGCCGUCAACAUGUCGGCGGACCGGGACGCAGGGGACAAGUGUGCCAUCCCCUAUCUGUUUGCCUGUUACCAAAGGGCCAAGGAAGAGGUGACGAAGGUCCCAGAGAAGUUGCUGCCCUUCGCUGUCAGCUGUAAGGAUCUGACCGUGGCCAACACCAGGACGGUCCUGCUCACCCCCGAGAUCUACACCAGCCAGAACGUCUACGAACAACUCCUGGACCUGCUGCUGGAGGGACUCACAGGAUCACAGCCGGAGGAGAUGGUAGAAUUCGCGGAGGAGGUGAUCGCUGGCCUUCUGGCUGAGCAGGAGGUGCGUACCUUCGGAGAGGUGAUGGGACCUGUGCUGGACAUCUUCCAUGGGCGCGUCAAAGACAUGGACCUCUGCCAGCCUCUGCUCUACUCCUACCUGGAGGUGCUCCUUUACUUCAGCCAUCAGAAGGACAUCGCUAUGGUUUUGGUGGAGCACAUCCAGCCCAAAGACCCGUCGAAUGGUUUGCAGUACCAGAAGAGCUUACUUGGUGCGGUGCUCAGUAUCUCUUGCCUGCUGAAGACUCCAGGCGUGGUGGAGGGGCACCGGUACUUCACCAGCCCCUCCCGCUCCAGCGCCCAGGAGACCAAGAUCCAGGAAGCCAACAUACACCAGUUCAUGGGCCAGUUCCACGCCAAGCUCCACCAGACGCUGAAGAACCUGAUGCAGCGCUCCGGCGAGACGCGCCAUAUGCUGCUCUCCUGGCUGGGCGGCUGCCUGCAGGCCAACGCCGGCCGCACCAAGAUAUGGGCCAAUCAGAUGCCCGAGAUCUUCGUCCAGAUGUACGCCUCGGACGCCUUCUUCCUCAACCUGGGCGCGGCGCUGCUGAAGCUGUGCCAGCCCUUCUGCAGGCCGCGCUCGCCCAAACUGCUGACCUUUAACCCCUCCUACUGCGCACUCAAAGAGCUCAGUGAGGAGGAGCGGCGGAACCGCAACGUGCACGCUAGAGGCCUGGACAAGGAGACGUGUCUGAUCCCCUCCCCGCCGCAGCACCAGGCUGAGUUCUGCCAGUCCUACAGCCUGCUGACGGAGAACCUCAUCCUCACACAGCUCACCCUGCACCUCGGCUUCCACAGGCUCCACGAGCAGAUGGUGAAGAUGAACCAGAAUCUGCAUCGCCUCCAGGGCACGUGGCAGGAGGCCCAGCGUUCGGGCAGCCCCCUGUCGGAGCAGCUCCUGGAGCAGUUUGAGCGGCUCAUGGUCCUGUACCUGUCCACCAAGGCGGUGGCCACGCAGCCCGCCAUGCUGCAGUGCUGCCUCAACCUGCAGGCCUCCUCCGCCGCCCUGCUGGUGCAGCUGGCCGUGGGGAACCAGGGCUCGGGCUUGGAGCACGUACCCCUCACCUUCCCCCUGGCGCCCGUACACAACGGCACCGUGCUCUGCUACGUGCCAGAGUUUUUUGCUGAGAACCUGGGAGAUUUCUUCAUCUUCCUGCGGCGAUUUGCGGACGACGUUUUGGAGUCCUCUGCGGAAAGUCUCGAACAUGUUCUCAACUUCAUCACCGUCUUCAUGGGCAAUGUAGAGAGGAUGAAGAAUCCCCACUUGCGGGCAAAGAUGGCGGAGGUUCUGGAGGCAGUCAUGCCCCACAUGGAGCCUGUUACGCCAGGCGCUACUCAGACAAUGUUUCAGCGCGAACGAGUCUUCUGCGCCUACAGACACGCAGCUCAGCUGGCUGAGGCGCUCAUCACUGUGUUCGUAGACAUAGAGUUCACCGGUGACCCGCAUCAGUUUGAGCAGAAGUUCAACUACAGAAGACCUAUGUAUCCCAUCCUCAAGUAUAUGUGGACCAAGGAAAGCUACAGGGAGAGCGUCAAGAGUCUGGCUGCCUAUGCUUCUGUCAACCUGGAGGCCAUGAACCCUCCUCUGUUCCUGAGGUACCUCAACCUGCUGAUGAACGAUGCUAUCUUCCUGCUGGACGAGGCUAUUCAGUACUUGAGUAAAAUAAAAGUCCUGCAGCUGGAGCGUGACCGCGGAGAGUGGGAGGGGCUCGCACCCGACGCCCGCAGGGAGAAAGAGUCCAGCUUGCAGAUGUUGGGGCAACUGGGACGCUUCCACAACAUCAUGUCCAAUGAGACCAUCGGCACGCUGGCCUUCCUCACCUCAGAGAUCAAAGGCAUCUUUGUGCACCCAUUCCUGGCGGAGAGGAUAAUCUCCAUGCUCAACUACUUCCUGCAGCAUCUCGUAGGGCCCAAGAUGGGCGCCCUCAAAGUCAAGGACUUCAGUGAGUUUGACUUCAAGCCUCAGCAACUGGUCUCAGACAUCUGCACCAUCUACCUGAACCUUGGCGAUGAAGAGAACUUCUGCGCCACGGUGCCCAAAGACGGGCGUUCUUACUCCUCCAUCCUCUUCUCCCAGACGGCCAGGGUGCUGAGGAAGAUCAACAAGCCUGGAGACAUGAUCAUCGCCUUUGUCCUUCUCGCGGACAAAAUCAAGUCUCAUGCAGACAGGCAUCAGCAGGAAGAGGAGACGUAUGCAGAUGCCCCAGAUGAGUUUCUGGACCCCAUCAUGUCCACCAUGAUGCUGGACCCCGUUCUGCUGCCCUCGUCUAACGUGACCGUCGACCGCUCCACCAUAGCGAGACAUCUACUCAGUGACCAGACAGACCCUUUCAAUCGUAGUCCUCUCACCAUGGACCAGAUCAGGCCGAACGAGGAGCUCAAACAGCAGAUUCUACAGUGGCUGGCCAAGCAUAAACAGGAGAGCUUGCAGAUGGGCCAGAGUGGCUAAAUUUGGUCACUCCAUGAGAAGAACAAUGACUGUAAUUCUGUUAUUCCCCCCCCCCCCCCCCCAACCUCUACUAGUCUAGCCCGCUCUUCUGUCCCUCGGCUUGAUCCAUGACGUGCUUAGCUCUGUGGAAUGGCUCGCUCUCUCCCGGUUCAGAGUGACUUUCCACCAGUCUCACACGCAGCCUUUAAGUUCAACUGACUUGCCCAGGUUGUGAUGACGGUCGAGAACAAACUCUGGCCCCGUGCUGUGAGGAGAAGGUCGUCGUACCUCCAUCAUUCACGACGAUGAAAAAUAUCAUCAUGGUGAAACAGCACAGUAUAGGCUCUCCUGCCUGUCCGCUAAUAUCAGCUAACUACCAGUUCGUUGUCAUUCUAAACUGUGACUUUAACAGGAUUUGAUCAAUGUACUGUUUUAACCUCUGCCUGUCUCGUUGGUCUGCCAAAACAUGCUUUUUUUACUGAAGAGUUAAGUAUUUUUGGAAACUUUGGAACUUUUGGAAGACGGCUUAACAAAGGAUCUUGUCUUUUGUCCAUACUUGCAGCAUAAUAUAAACGUGUUCAGAUACCAAAUCAAUUAAUAUAACAUAGAGAACCCCUUAUAAACAAUAGUUUGUGGUAUUACAAUAACAUUGUGCGGCAAACCGUUCUCAACCUUCGGAGCUGGUGCCUCAAAACAAAGAGCCUUGCAUUAAGGUUAAUUAUUCAAAAAACGUAUUUCAUACUGUAAGAGACAACAUUACCUUUGGCAUACAAAUAUGUGUUUUAGGAUAUCGAUAGAAUGAGAAGUACAAUACAUAUAUAGAUAUAUAUGAGAAGCUUGACUAGUUUUGGGAUAUAAGGUUUAAGAUGGAAGGAAGUGAAAGGUUUGUAAAAGAAUAUGAUGUGAGAAAGAUUAUGUUUUUGGUGGCAUGCAUUCAUGUUGAAUAUCUACCAAUUGAAUAAUCACUUGGUUCAAAUAUAAUGAAGUUUUCAUUGUGAUUAUGACAUUCUUAAUUUUUGGUGUACAGUAUGAUUCAGAAAUAAAAGAACUGUUAUUAUUUAA